CCGCCCGACAUCAUCUCCCAGCUCCUCGCGUUCGCCAACAAGUUCUGCUGCGAGGGCCUGAAGGCGGACUGCGACAACCGGCUCGCAGCCAUGGUGCGGGGUCUCGACGACGCCCGAACCCUCAUCGACAUCGGCCUCGAGGAGGCCUCCCACCUCCUCGUCGCCUCCUGUCUCCAGGCGUUCCUGCGGGAGCUCCCCAAGUCGCUCACCCACCUGGACAUCGCGCGCCUGCUCUGCAGCCCGCAGGGGCGAGAGCGCCUUGACGUUUCCGGUAACGCGUCCUUCGCGCUGUACUACUUCCUCUCUUACGUCGCCAUGGAGCAGGACAUGAGGUCGAACACCACGGUGAUGCUGUUGGAGAGGCUGAAUGAGUUCGCGGAGCAGCCAUGGCAGAAGCAGCUGGCGCUGCACCAGCUCGGGUGCGUGAUGCUGCAGCGCGGCGAGUUCGAGGAGGCGCAGGAGUGGUACGAGGCCGCCGUUGCCGAGGCCCAUGUCUACUCGCUCGCCGGAGAGGCACGCGCCAAGUACAAGCGCGGACACAAGUACGCCGCGUACAAGCUAAUGAACAGUGUCGUCGGCGACUACGACGAACCCGCCGGGUGGAUGUACCAAGAGCGCUCCCUGUACUGUGUCGGCAAGGAGAAGUUGGCUGAUCUGCAGGCGGCGACGGAGCUGGACCCGACGAUGACGUUCCCGUACAAAUACCGUGCCUGCACGUUGUUAGAGGAGGACAACGCCGAGUCCGCGGUCGCAGAGAUCAGCAAGGUCGUCGGUUUCAAGAUGGCGACCGAUUGCCUUGAGCUCCGGGCGUGGUUCUACCUUGCACUCGAGCAGUGCGAGUUGGCUGUGCAGGACGUCAGGGCGAUACUGACGCUGGAUCCAACUUACAUGAUGUUCCAUGGGAGAAUGCACGGGGAGCAGCUGAUUGAGCUCCUCCGAGGACAGGUGCGGCAGUGGGAUAUGGCAGAUUGCUGGAUGCAGCUGUACGAUCGGUGGUCGGUGGUGGAUGACAUCGGCUCUCUGGCGGUUGUCCAGCAGAUGCUCGCCAGGGAGCCCGGAAACAGCAGCUUGCGGUUUCGACAGUCGCUUCUCCUGCUAAGGCUAAAUUGCCAGAAAGCUGCAAUGCGCAGUUUGCGGUGUGCUCGGAACAGUUCACUCCAUGAGCAUGAGAGGCUUGUAUACGAGGGAUGGAUCCUGUAUGACAGUGGACAUCGGGAGGAAGCAUUAGCCAAGGCUCAGCAGUCGAUUGGGCUUCAAAGAUCAUUCGAGGCCUUCUUCCUGAAGGCGUACGCUUUAGGAGAUUCUAGCCUUGACACAGAUUCUUCGCUCUCCGUUGUGCAGCUUCUGGAACACGCUAACAGUUGUGCGUCCGACAACCUUCGGAAGGGGCAGGCAUACAACAACAUGGGGAGCACCUACGUGGACUGCAACAUGCUGGAUGAGGCUGCCGAGUGCUACGGCAUAGCGCUGAACAUAAAGCACACACGGGCGCAUCAGGGUCUAGCUCGAGUCCAUUUCUUGAAAAACAGGAAGAAGGCUGCGUUCGAGGAGAUGACGAAGCUCGUGCAGAUAGCUACCAACAGCGCGUCGGCGUAUGAAAAACGGUCAGAGUAUGGUGAGCGCGACGCUGCGAGGAGCGACCUGGACACGGCGACGCUUCUUGAUCCUACAAGGACGUAUCCUUAUAGAUACAGAGCAGCUGUUUUGAUGGAUGAGGGCAAGGAAGAGGAGGCGAUCGCGGAGCUGUCGGGAGCCAUAGCUUUCAAGCCGGACCUCCAGCUGCUCCACCUCCGCGCGGCCUUCUUCGACUCCAUGGGCGACAGCGAGAGCGCCCUGCGGGACUGCGAGGCCGCACUCUGCCUGGACCCGACCCACGGGGACACCCUGGAGCUGUACAGCAAAGCCUCCACCAAGGCCGGAACUGAAACCGAGAGCUAGCCAGCCGCCCGCCCGCCGUCCUCGUCGUUGAUUCAGCUGCGAUUUUUUUUGCGAGGCAGAAUGAUGAGACGAUCUCAAGCAGACGGAGCACUGCAGAUAGUUGUUUUAGGCAGCACCGCAGGAGAUUGAGCACGAGUUGCUUAAGGUAGACUGCCAGGUGACAAGUCAGGCAGCUUGCAUUACUUAGACAGUUAAGAUGUGUUUCAGCACAGAUCAGUCGACCUCUUCUCAGAGCAGCUGGCUGAGCGUGCACCACAUAUGUGCAACAAAGGUUGAAGACGACCGGCCGGCACCGGCCUCCAGAAGAAAGAAUAGGAAGAAUUAAGAAAAGGCUAGGGAGAGAAAGGGAGUAUCGACGGAUCUUGCUCUUUUUCUUCUUUUGUAUGGUCGUGUCGUGCAUCUGGUGGCACGACUGAUUACAACCAAUUCGAGUUUUAAAAGUAAUGCAGCAACGAAGGCG